AAUAACUAGCUAAAUCAACUAAUACAAUCGACUAAUAACAUCAAAUCUAAGUAUUGAAUUAACAAACUACAUCAGAGUAUGCACUAACAAUAAAUGUCAAAGGCAAAUCAAAAGUUCAAAACAGAAUCAACAACAUUAGCCUUGAACCCUUGACAACAAAAAGGCCCUAGUCCCCCACAUAAAUCCAGUUCGAUUCUAAUAUCUGAGCAAAAGAUUUUUUUACCUCAUUUGCCUUAGCCCUUACAAUAAUACAAACAAACUUUCUACCCUUUACCAAAUUUUGGUCAAAGACAAUCUGUAGAAAUAGCACUAUAAAAUGACAGGUACCCAAAACCAUGAAUAUCACAUACUCGUAAAUCACUCUCCUAAUUAUAAAAAAAAAAAAAAAAAAAAAAAAAAAAAAAUCAUUUUAAUUUAAAAAAAAAAAAAACAGUAAUAUUGGCAAGUCCUUAUCCAUUAACUUAUUAUGUCUCACUGAAAAGAAAACAAAAAAAAGAAUUAUCAAAAUUCUCCCCAAACACCCGACUGAUUAACUGAAUAAAGCUGUUCUCAAUUCUCCUCACUGUUUGCCUUCUUCUGCAUGCUCUGCCUCUUCUCACAAUCUCACUACUACCACUCUCCAUAUUAAUACCCUUCUUCCUCCCUUUUUUUUUUCUCUCAAUCAAAUUAAACAAACACAUACACCCUUACUCAAACUCAAAACUCCUCCUCUUAAUUAGAAGAUUCUCCUUUGAAUUAUUAACACACAUACACAUACACAUAUGCCGACCGAGGCGGCCGAAAGACGGGCGGUAAGGGCGCAACAGAUGGGAGCGCCGUUACCGCCUGUGGAACAACAAGACCCACUCCCUUGUCCACGUUGCACUUCAACCAACACAAAAUUCUGUUACUACAACAACUACAACUUCUCUCAGCCACGUCACUUUUGUAAGUCUUGCCGUCGUUACUGGACCCACGGUGGCACCCUCCGUGACAUCCCUGUUGGUGGUGGGUCCCGUAAGACGGCUAAGCGCUCACGUACUUCUUCAUCAUUGGUUACUUCUAGUACUUCUACUUCUUCGGGUGUUUCUAUUGGGCCGGGUCUUGAGCCCAUACCCGUUUCUCACCAGGCUACUCCUGUUUAUGUUACACUUCCUUCAACUACGGUUGGUGGCGGUGGGUUUACCUCGUUGCUGAGUAGUGGUGGACCUGGUGGGAUACUUGCGUUAGGUGGGUUUGGGCUUGGGCUUGGGCUUGAUGAAGUUGGGUUUGGGCUUGGACGUGGGGUUUGGGCUUUUCCUCAUCAUGAAGUUGGCUCGUAUGUGAAUGGUGGCAACGGCGGUGGUUGUGGAGGAGCAGGUGGUGGUGGAGAAGGGGGUGUGAGUAGAAGUGACACGUGGCACAUGGAGAGUGGUGAAGUGGUUGGGUUUGUUGGUGGUGAAUGUUAUAAUUCCUUACCAGAACUUGCAAUUUCUACAACGGGCAAUGGUCUAAAGUGAGAUUAAUCAAAUUCUCCCCCAAUUCCCUUUUCUUUUUUCUUAGAAAAUUAAAAAAACAUAAUCAAAGGGAAAAAAAAAAUCAUUAAAUUAUUGUAGUUUUUGUUUUAUACUCCGUACUAAUGUUAUGGUUAUGGUGUAACUGGGAGGGUAUGGCUGUAAUUUUGAAGGGGGGUUAGGUAGGUUAAUGUGGAAAUUGAGUGAAAUUUCAGUAGUGUAAUUGAACCUGCUAUGAACAGCUUGAGAUCAUAUUAUCAUAUGUAGUGAUUAGUGAGUUUUGGUGGUUGUAAUGCCUUUAAUUUGUUUUCUAUGAAUAGAAGAUAGCCUGGGUUAAUGAUUAA